AUGAAACCUUUUUCUACAUGGUCAUUGUGUCUUGUGCUUGCUGUGGUUAGUGAAGGAACCAAUGAAGCUACACGCCACAUAUGCCACUCCACUCUCAAAAUUCUUCUUCUUGCAGAGGACGACGGUGAGAUGAAGCAUCUAGAAGCCCUAGAAGGAGCCCAAACGCGCCUCCGCCUCUUCCAGAUCGACCUCCUCGACUACAAUUCCAUCUCCGCCGCAGUCCACGGCUGCUCCGGCGUCUUCCACCUCGCCUCUCCUUGCAUCGUCGACCAAGUCCAUGACCCCCAGAAGGAGCUGUUGGACCCGGCUAUUAAAGGAACGCUGAAUGUUCUAACGGCGGCUAAGCAGGCCGGCGUGAAGCGCGUGGUGCUCACGUCCUCCAUAUCGGCCAUCACUCUCAGCCCUAAUUGGCCGGCCGAUGUCGUCAAGAGUGAGGAUUGCUGGACUGAUGUUGAGUACUGCAAGCAGAAAGGACUGUGGUAUCCUUUAUCGAAAACUCUGGCGGAGAAAGCUGCGUGGGAAUUUGCCGAGGAGAAGGGGUUGGAUGUGGUUGUGGUGAAUCCGGGGAAAGUGAUGGGUGAUGUUAUAUCGCCGAGGCUCAAUGCUAGCAAAGGUCAGAGGAAGAAGAGGGUCGCUAGCUACAAGGUGUACACUCUGGAGGGGAAGCUGAAAGGGACUCUCAGGAAGAGCUUCAGGUGGCUCAAGCAGACCUGUGAUAGAGUGGUCUAUGGCCGGUAA